GUGGACUUUAAAGUCGUUAGAUAAGUUUUGUUUCUGGCACAUCAGGAAGGAUUGGUUGUUAUUGGCAGGGCUAGGGUGCGUUUAGCUCGUAUAAAUUCCAGGGUUCGAUUCCCGAGGGGCUAGUAGAGUACUAACUGUGGUCACAUGUUCCCUGCAAAUGUCAUCAUCGCACGUUAUGUUACAGAUGUCAGAGAUACGCUUGAAAGGAGGCAUGAAAAAAAAAAAGACUUAGAAUCAUAACAUUCAAUCGCAGAAGAACAUGUGUACAGAAAUGUAUCCGGGGCCAAAUGAUGCUGCCCUUGAUGACGUCACGAGACUAGCAGGCGAGCACUUCACGAUGUUUCCCGAAGUCGCAUCGCAAACUGGUCAGCAAGAAAUAGCGAUAUGAAAAUAAAGUUUCAAGAUUUCUGAGAAGCGUCCUAGUUGGUGGAGCGGACCCAAGUGGAUGUCUUGUAAAAGAUCCCGGCGGUUGUUUAGGUCUGCGGUGAGUCAGGAGCGCUGGUUUGUUUGUGCGAGCGCCCGACUGAAGGCGCCUGGCGGUGGAGGAUGGAUGUGUCAGGGUACCCCUACGACUUGUGUGGUCUGUCUUCUUUGGCGAGCCGUUUCCUAGCAGCAAAUGACGGGCCGUGUUACUCGAGCAAAUUGUGGAGCCCGCGGCCAAUCAGAGCGCGGGAAGGUGACCCCUCGAUCACGGGAGCUCGAGGCGGAGAGGCGGGUUUUGUUUCACGACUGCCUGCCUUUCACAGCCUAUAGCUUCAACUGCGACCGCUCGCUCGGGAAGGAUGCGUUAGCCUGAACACACUUGAUCACCGUGGAUUUUACCGCAGCGAGAUGUUCCGUUGUUGCCGUAACUGUGAGGUUGCCAUGCGGCCUGGAUAGUCGCCAUGCAGAGCAGGGCAGGGCCGGCGGGGAUCCCCACCCACGGCCCCGGAAGGCCCCACGGCCACGUCCCGCGAACAGACAGCGGCUUUGCCGAGGAAAGGCACGAGCCCUCGGACCAUGUACAUGGCGACCACAGAUCUUCUUCGCCAGAUUCCCACACGGAGCCUGACAGGACUAGGCCGGAGCAGGACGCGCCCUGUGCCCGGAAAACGUCUUGCUAUGAAGCAAGAGAAGCGUUGAGACAUAUAGACCAGGGCAGGGCGACUGGGAACAAGCAAGCGCUCUACCUCAGGGAGAAAUGUGAGAGAUGUCUGUUCAACACGGGAAAGAUCAUACAACUACACUGUGGAAAAGUUCUGUUUGUUGGAGUGCUUGUCAUGGUUCUCUUGGCCGUGUUCCUAAAAGAUGCGAAGAUAGAGACAGAAACAGAAAAGCUUUGGGUACAAGUUGGUGGCAGAUUAGAAGAGGAGCUAAGAUAUACAAAAGAAUCUUUGGGGGAAGAAAUGGGGACCGAUUAUCAAGUUAUAAUCACAACAGCCAAGAACGAAGGGGACAAUGUGCUGACACAUAAUGCACUAAAUCAGCACUUACAGUCAGUAUUAGCAGCAGCAGAUGUGCAAGUAGAGUUAUUUGGAGUAGAUUGGAAUAUGAAGGAUGUAUGUUAUGUCACCAGCCUUCCUGUAUUAGAAGGAGUGUUUGCUAUGACAAUUGAGAAGCUGUACCCAUGUGUGAUUAUAACUCCAUUGGAUUGUUUCUGGGAAGGAUCCAAGCUCCUCGGUCCAGAUAGACCUGUGAUUAUUCCGAAUUAUUCUUCUAAUGUCAGAUGGACGAAUUUAAAUCCACUGGGCAUGUUGGAAGAGCUCAACAAAAGUUCAGACAUCAUGGCAAGCUAUUUUCCACUGGACACCUUUCAGGAUCUGUUCGACAAGGCUGGCAUAACCACUGGGUACCAGGAAAAACCUUGUCUGAACCCAGAGGAUCCAGAGUGUCCAGAAACAGCUCCCAACAAAUACACAAAAGAGGUGCCCGACUUCAACAGUGAACUAACGGGAGGCUGUGCCGGGUUCGCCACCAAGUACAUGCAGUGGCCGGAGGAACUGAUUGUAGGCGGACUCAAAAAGAACCAGAGUGGCCAAAUUACUAGUGCUGAAGCGCUGCAGACUGCCAUUGUUCUCAGCCAACCCAACGCUUUGUACGAGUACUACAAGGAUGACUACAAGGUGCACGACAUCCACUGGUCUCCCAGCAAAGCAGGAGAGGUGCUCGAGGAAUGGCAGAGAAAAUUUACAGAAGCUGUGUACAAUAGUGCCAAUGACUCCCUAGGCCAACAGGUCCAUGCUUUUUCAUCAGCGGCGCUCAACGACUUACUUCAAGAUUUCUCACAGACAAACUAUAUCCGGGUGGCGGCUGGGUACUGUUUGAUGCUUGUGUACGCAUGUGUCACCAUGCUGCGGCGGAGUGCGGUCAGGUCCCAGGGUGGUGUCGGACUAGCGGGGGUCAUCCUUGUCUCCAUGUCCGUCGCUGCCGCGCUGGGCUUCUGCACUCUGAUUGGUCUAUCAUUCAAUGCAUCAACUACCCAGGUGCUCCCGUUUGUAGCGCUUGGUCUCGGUGUGGACGACAUGUUUCUGGUCGCCCACACUUUCAGUUGUACUACCUCAUCCCCCAACGUCGCAUACCUAGACCAGACGGGGGAGUGUCUCCGGCGGACGGGGGUCAGCGUGACCCUGACGAGCCUCAGCAUCAUCGUUUCCUGCUUCAUGGGCGCCAUCGUGCCGAUCCCGGCCUUACGGAACUACUCAAUCCAGUCCGCUGUAGUUGUGUUCUUUAACUAUUUGUCAGUCAUUCUGAUCUUCCCUGCCAUCAUCAGUUGGGACUUGGAGAGACGGAGAAACAAAAGGUUGGACAUAUUCUGUUGUCUGAACAGUUCAUCUUCCAAUCGGGUCAUAAGAGUACGGGAAGCCACCCCUGAGGAGGAUACAGACUCUGUGCGGAGCGAGCCGCUUCCGAGACAUUCGCAGAGACAUCAGACAAAUGUGACUGUACAGUCCACUGUGGAAACAGUGACGAGUUUAGACAAUGAGGGAAGGACGGUAACAGUUGUUGUUCCGCCAGCGCAAACGGUAACCAGACCGUGGAUUCCCUCGAAUGUGGUGACUCCCAUCGGGACGCCACCUUCCACGGCGGAAUCGUCUUCCACCAGGAAUCUUGUUUCGCCGGACUUUGAAACAGAGGGGACGGAGUCCUCUAAUGUUCUGUGUUGUGCCAAGAAGAACUGGACUCUGAGUUCAUUCGCCAGGAACACGUACGGACCUUUCCUGGCAAGAUUUCCAGUGAAGAUUGCGGUGCUGGUGGCAUUUGCGCUGCUCCUUGUGGGGGGAAUAUACGGGACUACCACUGUAGAAGACGGACUUGACACAACAGACGUCGUGCCAAAGGGCUCUCGCGAGCACGAUUUCCUGAGACUGCAGUCAAAAUACUUUUCCUUCUACAACAUGUACAUAGUCACACAGUCGGAUUACGACUACCCGAACGGCCAGGCUGGCUUGGACAGUCUGCAUGAGGAUUUCAUGCGCGUGAACAAAAUCGUGUUAACACCGGAAGGGAACCUGCCGGAGUAUUGGCUGAGUUACUUCAGGCAGUGGCUGUUUGAUGUCCAGGCUCACUUCGAUGAAGACUGGCAGCUUGGGCGCAUCCAGCGAAACAAGUGGUUCUACAACGCCACCAACGAGGGGGUGAUGGGAUACAAGCUUCUGGUCCAGACGGGAGACAACGACAACCCCAUCAACAAAGACCAGCUGUACAGUAACCGGCUCAUCGACAGCAAUGGUGUCAUCAACAGCAAGGCCUUCUACAUCUACCUAACCGCGUGGGUCAAUGACGACACCUUCGCCUACACGGCGUCGCAGGCCGCGAUCCGCCCAGAGCCAGAACAGUGGGGUGUGGAUAGAAACGACCAUGACAACCUGGACACCAUCCCAGAGUAUGAGCUUAGAAUUCCCAAGUCCCAGCCCAUCAACUACAGCCAGUUCAGUUUCUAUGUGAGCGGGUUGAAGGGCACUUCGGAGUACAUCCAGCUCAUCAAGGAGGUUCGCGAGGUGUGCGAGGAGUCCGAAGUGCCCACGUACCCGCUGGGAGUGCCCUUCACCUACUGGGAGCAGUACAUCUUCCUGCGCUACUAUCUCAUGGUCGCUCUGGCCGCGGUCCUGGCCGCCAUCUUUGUCGUGGUCGCCAUCGUGAUGGUCAACCCGUGGCUGGCCCUGAUUGUGGUGUCGGUGCUCGCCAUGAUGGCGGUGGAACUGUUUGGCGUGAUGGGCCUUCUCGGGAUCAAGCUCUCCGCCAUCCCCGCUGUCAUUAUCAUCGCUUCCGUCGGCAUCGGCGUGGAAUUCACCGUCCACAUAUGCUUUGCAUAUGUAACAUCGUUGGGAGACAGAAACGAGCGAAUGGUAUCUGCGCUGGAGCACAUGAUGUCACCGGUUAUCGAUGGAGCCAUCUCAACGCUCCUGGGUGUUGUCAUGCUGGCAGGGUCGGAGUUCGAGUUUAUCGUCUUGUAUUUCUUCUACGUGCUGGUGGCGCUGGUGAUCAUCGGCCUGCUAAACGGCUUGAUUCUCCUCCCCGUACUCCUGUCGUUGAUCGGACCCGGCCCGGAAGUCAAACCCGCGAACAACGCCACGCAUCUCCCGACACCGACGCCGCCUCCCACACCGCCGUUUGAGACCGGCGUGCCCAUGGACACGUAUCCCAGGGUGCAGCGGUCAGACUCGUUAGGGUCCGAUCUCUUCAACAACGAGAUUGCGUUCUCCGGCCUCGGGGACCAGUACCUCCAGCAGAGGCAUUCAGACAUCGUGGUGUCACCUGAGGUCACGGUGGAAACAGGCUACCUGCGCUGCGGCCCAAAGCGGACAAAAUAUAACGCCCCGGUGAGGCCAACAGAAAGACAGACAAAUAGACCAAAACGGCCGCCCAAGAGCAAGUCCCGCGCCUACCAACAACCGUCGCAUCAUGUGACGACCGUCACCGCCACAACGUCUGUGACUGUACAGAUUGGCCAACCCACAGACGACGCGUCAGCGGACUCCUAUAGAUACUCAAAACGACGGCGGGACGACGUACCCAAGUUGUAUGAACUGGAGUAUAAUUCUUCAGAUUCAAGUAGAAGCAGUGAGAAAUAGGUUUCCAUGCUGUACAGUCAGUAGGGUAGGAAAAUGUGGAAGAAGUGAACUCAGGGCAAGUAACAGUUGAUCGAUGAGAUUUCUUGAAGACUUUGAUUUUUAUGAAGAGCGUUUUUUGUGAAAGAGUGAAGUAUAGUACUUGGUAAAGUUUAUUUAUUUAUGAUCAGGACUUUGUACCACUGCCUAUAAACCCACGAACACAUUCAUUCAUUCACCAUGUAAACUAUAACAGUGCUCCUUCCCGCUACAUUAUUAGUGUAAAAUCCUCUUUUGCAAGUUUGUGGAACCCAUACAAGGUGUAGAAUACAUCUGUAUUGAUGGAAGGACUUGGAAAAGAGCAUAUCAAUGUAUUGUAGUUUGGAGGGGCACUGAUAGUAAGCCAGUGAUUAUAAUAAUUAUGAUAGUGCCAGAAUUUUGUAAAUUUUGUGAAAAUAAUGCUGUAUGAAUAAGUCCUGCGAUAAUGUCGUAUAAGGAUCCGCCAGGGCAAUUGUCGUGGAAGUGUUGAAAAUUUCUCAGCUUCUCGUAUAAGUAUCUAAGUAUAUAUAGAUAUAUCUAUAAAUAUAUAUAUAUUAUAUAUAUAUAUUAUAUUAUCAUCCGAAACUCAGUCCAGUAACAGUCCCCCUAUGAAAUAAUGAUGCACAUAUACACCAUGUAAGGAAAUUGUGGUACAGUGUAAUUAAAGAUACAGUGUAAAAGAGGCAUGGAAGCCAUGCCGUCUGUUGUAUUAUAUUGACAUAUUUGCACACUGUAUAGAGAUUUGAAAUUAACAUCAGAGUUAUCCAUACAUGCCUUUGUAUUCUUUGAUAUCGUCGCUGUCAAAACUUUUGUUAUUGUUUAAUGGUAGUUGAAAUCCUUGCCUUGUCAAUUUUACCUCAGUUUCGUUGUAAUGUUGCAGAUUCAUUUAGCCUUAGUUGAGCAGCAUGUCUUAUCAUAUGUUCUUGUUUCUUUGCUUAGCCAAACUGUAUUCAGUCUAGCAAAAUACUAUCUAGAGUUGGAAGAGUUCUCAGUUGCCAUAAUAGUACGAUUAGACUGGUCUGUACCUUGCAUUUUGGUGGCACCUCAAAAGGGGAGCCUUUUGUAAUGUUAUUGUGAAACCAAUGCUACCACUGUAAUUGUUAGCUUACAUUUCACCUUGCACGUACCUUGUUCCUGAUUUUAAGUUACUGCCACCUCUUUUUCCUCCUACAGUUACCCCUAACAGCAAUGUUACUCACAUUGAGUCAUAUUCUUUUGUAAAUUAUUUAUAUAAAGGUCUAUUUUUGUAGUGUACAGAGUAGUAGAGAAGCACACUCAUCGUGACAGAUCGAUUAUAUUUUUAAAGAGUUUUAUAUAUAUAAUGUUAUUAUGCCUCAUUUCUUUUUGUUUUCUUAGAGCCACAACUAGCCAUAGUAGGACAUUACUGUUGUAUUUAAAAGUUCCUGGACCGUGCCGGAAAGAGUUUGUGAAAGAUGUGUAAAGACUUCGGCACAGCGGUCCAUACACUUUGUAUUGGUUGAAGUAUGCCAUGAUGUACUAGAUUAGGCCGGACCUGGUGUAAGGUCCCCAAUGUUUUGAACAGAAAGUUUCAAUCUAACAAAGAUAAAAUAAAACAGGAAAAAUGUUUGAAAUAA